CGAGCAAGAUGGCAGAGGAGAGUGUCUUGUUGUGAUUUCUACACUCAAAAACAUAGAAAAAAAACUAAUAUUGUAUUUGGUCUCUAGCUUUUUGUUGUCUUGUUGUUUUGAUUUGAGAAACAAAAAACGACACAAGACUCCAAGUGAGUGGGCGGCAUGCCUCGACGCAGGAUAUGUUUUUUGCAGCGUCACGGACACACAGGAACAGAACGACAGCAAAGCAUCUCAUUGAGCGCUACUUUCGGCAGUUAACUGAAGGCUGUGGGAAUGGCAACUGCAAAAAUCAGCUCUGCGCUUCGUGUCGAGAUUUCCAGCCGCUGGACAAAAACUCGGCGGCGGUCCGAGCGCUGGAGUUGUGCAAGGUGAAAGCCAAACUCUGCGAGCCUCAUGCUCAUGGUACAGAGUCAGAUCCUCAGCCGGCCGAUCUUACCAAGGAGGACUUUUCAGAUAUCCAUUACCUCACAGAGAAUACUGUUUUUAUCAUUCUGAGCAUCUGCGAAGAAGAAGGCGACUACUCUGCUCUCAUUCGGGUCAUUGGCAGGGUGUUCUCUAACGCAGGUGCUCUGAUAAAAAGUUUCCGUACGGAUGAACCCAACGCUGCGGAAGCUCUUCCCAGAGACGGAGACCAGCAGGAGUCGGAUCAGACGGGCGCCUCCUUUUCUUCUGCGGACGCCUGCGAGGUGACGGUGGACAUUGACUCUGUGCGGCGGGUCUAUGACAGACUUCAGACCAACGAGCAGGCGGAGUCCACUCUGGUGAAUGCGCUCCUCUACCUCACUCCUAAUGUGGAGCUCGACCUGGAGUACCUGGAUGCCUACGAGACAAACCCAGACUACCUGAACAUCUUUGUCAUUCUGAUGGAGAACAGCAACCUACACAGCCCAGAGUACCUGGAUUUAGCGUUGCCGCAGCUUUGCAAGGCCAUGAGCAAGCUGCCGGUGUGCGCUCUGGCCAGACUGUCCAAGCUGUGGUCAAAAUAUGACCUCCCGUACGUUCGCCGCAUGAUGGAGACCUUCCAACAGCUCAUCACCUACACCGUCGUCAGCCAGGAGUACAACGCAGAGAACCUGGUCAAUGACGACGAGACGGUGGUGGCUGCUUGCAAGUGUUUGAAAGUGGUGUUCUAUGCAAGCUUAGUGGGCGGCAACGUAGACGUGGAGCACAACGAAGACGACGACGGCGGGGAGUUCGACUCCGACGAGCUCUCCUUGCACGAGCUGCUUGGCGAGGAGCGUCUCUACAAGAAGGGGCCUCAGGUAGACCCUCUGGAGAUGGAGCUGGGUGUCCGACCCAUCGAUAGUAGGAAGCCCCUCAUCCCCUUUGAGGACUUUGUCAACGAGUCCCUCAAUGACGUGGUUGAGAUGGACAAGGAUUUCUCCUUCUUCAAAGUUGACGCGGAAACAAAGUUUUCCUUUCAGACCUGCCCCUUUGUCCUCAACGUAUUCACAAAGAACCAGGGGCUUUACUACGACAACAGGAUCAGGAUGUACAGCGAGCGGCGUCUCACCGCCCUCUACAGCAUGGUGCAGGGCCAGGAGCCCAACCCUUACCUCAAACUCAAAGUGCGCCGAGACCACAUUAUCGACGACGCCCUCGUCAGACUGGAGAUGAUCUCCACGGAGAACCCGUCUGACCUGAAGAAACAGCUCUUUGUGGAGUUCGAGGGGGAACAAGGGGUCGACGAGGGAGGCGUGUCCAAAGAGUUCUUCCAGUUGGUCUUGGAGGAAAUCUUCAAUCCUGACAUUGGAAUGUUCACGCACGACGACGACACCAAGGUCUUCUGGUUCAACUCGUCCUCGCUGGAGAACGAGGCGCAGUACACGUUGGUGGGCAUCGUGCUGGGUUUGGCUAUUUAUAACAACUGCAUCCUAGACGUGCACUUCCCCAUGGUGGUCUACAGGAAGCUCAUGGGCAAGACGGGCACCUACUUGGACCUUUCAGAUUCACACCCGGUUCUAUACCAGAGUCUGAGGGAGCUUCUGGACUAUGGCGGCAAUGUGCAGGAGGACAUGGCGCUUACCUUCCAGAUAUCUCACACGGACCUUUUUGGAAGCCCGGUCUUGUACGACCUGAAGGAGGAAGGAGACCACAUUCCUGUUUCCAAGGACAACAGACACGAGUUUGUGCAGCUGUACGCCGACUACAUCCUGAACAAGAGCGUGGAGACGCAGUUCCGAGCGUUCAAGAAAGGCUUCCUCAUGGUGACCAGCGAGUCGCCCAUGAAGUACCUGUUCAGACCCGAGGAAGUGGAGUUGCUGAUCUGCGGAAGCCGAAAACUUGACUUCCAGGCACUGGAGAAGACGACGGACUAUGACGGCGGUUACAGCAAAGACAGUCGAGUCAUCAAGGACUUCUGGGAAACCAUCCACUCGUUUGAGGAGGAACAGAAGAAAAUGUUCCUUCAGUUCACCACAGGCACACACAGAGCACCUGUGGGCGGCCUGGGAAAACUGAAGAUGAUCAUCGCCAAAAACGGCUCAGACACUGACAGGUUGCCCACCUCUCACACCUGUUUCAACGCGCUGCUGCUUCCAGAAUAUUCCUCCAAGGAGAAGCUGAGAGAAAGACUCCUGAAGGCCAUCACUUACGCCAAAGGGUUUGGAAUGUUGUGACAACUUUUUAUGUUCAUCUUUUGCUCCAAAAUGAGACCCGCCCUCACAUUUAGAACAACUUUUUUUCCUUUCCGCAACGUCUUCUAUUCCACUUUUCAUCUUCAAGUGGCUGUGAAACAACUCUGAGCUGCAACAACGUUUCCGCAACAAUAAGAUCGUCAAUUAGGCUUUUCACUAAGAAAUAUUCGGUGCCUUAACAAACAAUUUUUUUUGUACAUUUCCUACUUCUUUAUUUUGAAGUGUUUAUGAACGUGCCCUUAAACAAGAUGGAGUUAAAUACAGUCCACCUCAGGAUAGCAGUUUCAUUGUCUCUGUGACAAAACGUCACCAUCUUAACAUGUAACCUUCAAAAUAAAACUAACUUUUACACCGGGGGCCGCCAAAGCACAACUGUUAGCAUUUUAUUAUUAGCAUGCUACUUUUGCCUUCAAUAUUUUUGUUACUGCACGCAUGAUAGCUGUUAGCAUGCUAACGUUAGCAAUGCUAGCUCUUUUAAAGCUGAGUACCUCAGUACUUGACGCAUGUUCCAGUUUGCAUUAGCAUGCUAGCUUUUAAAACAUUUUUUUUAGCUAAUUUAGCUGGUAUACAUACCUUAGUGUCGUAAAUGUUAUUUUAGCUUGCUAAUGUUAGCAUGUUGGAAUAGUACUGUUAGCAUGCUAGCUUUUUUUAAAUAGCUAAUUUAGCAGGUAUACACCUUAGUGUCGUACAUUUUGUUAUUUUACGAUUGUUAACAGUAAGCUUGCUAAUGUUAGCAUGUUGGAAUAGUACUGUUAGCAUGCUACUUAUUUUAGUUAAUUUAGCAGGUAUACAUCAUUUUGUUAUUACACUAAUGCUAACUGUAAGCUUGUUGUUGUUAGCAUGCUAGCUUUUUUUAUUAAGCUAAUUUAGCAGGUUUACACCUUAGUGUCGUCAAUUUUGGUAUUUCACUAAUGCCAACUGUAAGCUUGUUGUUGUUAGCAUGUUAGAAUAGUAGUGUUAGUAUACUAGCUUUUUAUAGCUAAUUUAGCAGGCAUACACCUUAGUGUCGUAAAUGGUGGUAUUUCACUAAUGCUAACUGUAAGCUUGUUGUUGUUAGCAUGUUAGAAUCGUACUGUUAGCAUGCUAGCUUUUUUUAAAGCCAAUUUAGCAGGUAUACAAUUUAAGUGUCCUAAAUUGUGGUAUUACACUAAUGCUAACUGUAAGCAUGCUGUUGUUAGCAUGUUAGAAUAGUACUGCUAGAAUGCUAGCUUCUUUUUAUUUUUUUUGCCAAUUCAGCAGGUAUACACCUUAGUGUUGUCAAUUUUGGUAUUUCACUAAUGCUAACUGUUAGCUUGUUAUUGUUAGCAUGUUGGAAAAGUAUUGUUAGCAUACUAGCUUUUAUUUUUUUUGGCCAAUUCAGCAGGUAUACACCUUAGUGUUGUCAAUUUUGGUAUUUCACUAAUGCUAACUGUUAGCUUGUUAUUGUUAGCAUGUUGGAAAAGUAUUGUUAGCAUACUAGCUUUUAUUUUUUUUAGCCAAUUUAGCAGUUAUACAACUUAGUGUCGCAAAUUGUGGUAUUUCACUAAUGCUAACUGUAAGCUUGCUGUUGUUAGCAUGUUGGAAUAGUACUGUUAGCAAGCUAGCUUUUAUUUUUAUUUUUUUGUAGCCAAUUUAGCAGGUAUACAACUUAGUGUCGUAAAUUGUGGUAUUUCACUAAUGCUAACUGUAAACUUGUUGUUGUUAGCAUGUUGGAAUACUACUGUUAGCAUGCUAGCUUUUUUUUUUUUUUUGCCAAUUUAGCAGGUAUACAAUUUAGUGUCGUAAAAUGUGGUAUUUCACUAAUGCUAACUGUAAGUUUGCUACUGUUAGCAAGUUAGAAUGGUACUGUUAGCAUGCUAGCUUUUUGUUUUCCAAUUUAGCAGGUAUACACCUUAGUGUCAUCAAUUUUGGUAUUUCACUCAUGCUAACUGUAAGCUUGCUAUUGUAAGCAUGAUAAAAUAGUACUGUUAGCGUGCUAGCUUUUUAUUUUUUCAAGCUAAUUUCACAUAUAUAUUUUUUGUUACUUGACCUGGCCAUCGUGCUAACUGUUAGCAUUAAUGCUCGGCGUUGGCUCUUCAGCAUUCACACAAAAAUACUAUUGAAAUGGCAUUUUCUAGUACUUUGGGAAAUAAAAUCUAUUUAUUGUACUAGUUUUACAAAGUGAAAACUGCCAAAAUGGCCCCCGCAGCCUUCGGUUUGUCAGUCCGUGGCCCUCAUUGGGGACCCCUGCUUACAUAUUGCAUUAAAAACAACUCAAUAGAACGUAGCACAAACAAGGUCAGUAGUUUUAUGAAGUAAUGUAAUAGUAAAGUACAGUAUUUACUGGAGAGGGGACUUCUACGGUAUCUCCUUUCAGCAGCUGCUCCUUAUUUUCAUGGAUAAAUGUUACGAUAUUAUUUUUAACGUCCUUGGCUGUCUUUCACGCUCACUUUCUUCCUUCCCAGGCUUGGAAAAACCGAGUUAUAUGCUAUAUAUAAGCUCUAUUAGCCGAGAGACAGCUGCUAUUUUGAGGUGUGGCAGAAUUUCACCUCACUUUAUCGGUGCUGGUUUUUUGUGUUCGGAUGUUUUAGAAGUGACACAAUGCAUGCUGGGUAGUUUACUCACUGUGUCACCUUUGUUAUUACGAACAAUUUGUUCGUUGUGCUUUUUUUUGCAUGCGGACGACGCGCCUCGUCCUCGUUUAUAAGUCGAGGUCUUAGUCAACUCGGUCAAAAAUAUAUCAAAGUGUUUUGUUCGCCAACACGUCUCAGGUCAAUUAAAAAUGUGCAACCACAGAGAAAACUGUGAUGCCAAAGUAAUAAAAAGUCAAAAGAUGUGUCCCCGGUAUAUUUUAUGUGUAUAUUCUGUCUAGUAAUAUCAGAAGGGAACUGCUUCUGUAAAAGUAUUUGUGUAUUCGUGAUGAAUACUACUGUAGUACCAUUUUCCUACCACUCCAAUUCCGACUAAAACAUUUUGCCGAAGUUAGCAUGCAAGCUAUUUGAGUUAAUUUGCCAGGUAUACACCUUAGUGUCGUCAACUUUGUUAUUUCACUAAUGCUAACUGUAACCUCGUUGUUGUUAGCAUGUUAGAAUAGUACUGCUAGCAUGCUGGCUUUUUUUUAGGUAAUGAAACAGGGAUAUUUGGUAUCGAUCUGAUACCAAAUAAAUACAGUGCUGUAGUAUCGCCAAUGCUGAUUCGAUACUUCAAUUUGCCUCAAGUUAGUUGAUCAUGACUGUGAUAAGGCGGGAAAAAAUAUUGAAAUAAAAGUUUUAUAACUAAAUGCAACUGUACAAAACAAUGUAUUGAUGUAGAAUUAAUUAAUCGGUUAAUUGAAUAACUUCCCUUAUUACACACGAUUGUGUAAGAAAAAGCUUAGUUGUGCAAAAUAACACAAUGUAAAUAUAAAUAUGUCAAGGAAAUAACAUUAAUAACUUCCAGUGCAGGGAGAUAUUUGUUAAACAAAAAUAGAGAAAGAGAAAGAAAGAGAAAAAAUCAAGAGAAAAUGAAGGAGAAAGGAAACAAGCAAGCAAGAGAGUGGGAGAGAGAGAGCAAGAGAAGGAGAGGAAGCAAGAGAGAAGAGAAAGCAAACAAGGGAGCGGGAGAGAAACAGAAAGAGAGGGAGCAAGAGAAAGAAAAAGAAAGAGAAAGGAGAGAGAAAAAGAGAGAGACCAACAGAAAGUGAGAGAUCGGAGAAGAGAGCCAGAGAGCACGUAAAAAAGCGAAAGAGAGACAGAAAGCAAAUGAAAGAGCAAGAGAAAUAGAGAAAAAGAGAGAGAAAGCAAAUGAGAGAGAGCAAGAGAGACAGAGAUAAAGAGAGAGCAAGAAAAAUAGAGAGAGUAAGAGAAAGUGACCGAUUGAGAGAGAGAGAGCAAGAGAAAAAGAGAGAUCGAGGAGAGAGAGCAAAAGAGCAAGAGAAAAAAGAAAGAGAGAGAAAGGCAAACGAAAGAGCGGGAGAGAGCAAGCGAAAGAAAGAAAAAGAAAGAGGGUGAGAAAGCAAAUGAGAGAGAGCAAGA